ACGACUCAAAUCACUCUCCUCUGUCGCAUUGUGGGUGGCCUCCAGGGGUAUUGUCUUAGGGGACCGUGUAUAUCUCUCAUCGCGAGGUAGUAGGCGAAGGGCACGGAACAGAGUUGGAUUUGCGCUUUGGCUGAGGGAUUGUUUACUUGCUUCGAAACUCAACACCUACCAUUAUGAACUUCUACUUCGAAGCUGUCAGCGUGCUUGAUAAGUUGGACGCGAAGAAAGGAUCCAUAAAGGGUGUCUUGGCGUCCGUCCCCGAAAAGAACCGGAAGAGGACGGCCGCCCUGGUGAUCGAGACAUUGAAAUACAAGCAGGUGCUUAGCGAGGUCAUCGACGCGGCACAGCUCUUGAAACAAGAGAAGAAGAUCAAUUCGCGCAACCUUGCACUCGUACUCGUUCACGACCUCCUCCUGGCCAAGGGUAUCCAGGCUGGAGAUGGACCUAUCAAGCAAGCGGUGCUCAGACAUCGCACAAGACUCAAUGGCGAGUUUCAGAGGGUGAAGAUCAAGCGAGGGGCAACGUCGACAGCAGAGUUAGCGCAAACCGAUGAUGCUAGAGCUGCAUCGAUACCUCGCUACGUUCGAGUCAACCAAACGUGUUGGACAGUCGCGGAUGCCUUGGAGACGUUCCAUGAACGAGGGUAUCAGGAAGGGGAUCCACUCUCUUUCCCUAAGGCGUUCCAGCAAGAUCAGCACAUACCCAACCUGUUCGCCUUCCACCCUAGCGUACGGUUCACCGAAAAUUCCCUCUACACCUCGGGGAAGAUCAUUCUACAGGACAAGGCGUCUUGCUUCCCAGCGCACGUCCUCUCGCCUCCAGCGCGUGAAGACGCCGUCGUCAUCGAUGCGACCUCCGCCCCAGGGAACAAAGCGUCGCACCUCUGUGCGAUCAUGCAGAACAAGGGCAAGCUCUACGCGUUCGAGCGCGACCGGAAGCGGUUCUCGACCCUGAAGAAAAUGCUUGCCAAGGCUCAUUGUAACAACGUCGAGGCGGUCAACUUGGACUUCCUGACCGUUUCUCCCAAUGAUCCCAAGUACGGUCGCGCUACGCAUAUACUGCUUGACCCUUCGUGCAGUGGAUCCGGGAUCGUGAAUCGCAUGGACCAUCUACUCGAUAACGAAGAAGAGGACGACGGGGACUCGGAGCGGCUGAACAAGCUCGCAGCCUUCCAGCUCAAGAUGAUCCGACAUGCCAUGGCCUUCCCUUCCGUGCAGAGAAUCGUUUACUCCACGUGCAGCGUACACGCCGUCGAAAAUGAGCACGUCGUUCGCCAGGCGCUGAAGACAGAGGAGGCAAUCAGCGGAAACUUCAAGCUCGCGCCGAAACGAGAUAUCCUGCCUGCAUGGCAUCGUCGAGGUAUACCUGACGAGAUGGACGAGCCAGUCCACGCGGACUCGCUCGUCCGAUGCUCCCCAGGUGAGGAUGGCACGAACGGCUUUUUUGUGAGCCUGUUCGUACGCGCGAACGACGCGGAGGACGAGUGGCAGGGCACCAGCAUGAACCCCAAGAAAAGGAAGACAGUGGGCCACGCAGACUCAGGGCCGCCUGCAGCGAAGAGGAAGCGGAAGAAAAAGAGCAAAUCGGCUACCAUGUAG